CGACACGAAUGGGUCGAGCGGAGUUGCCCAUUUGGCAAGAGUUCACGGAGAAGUACCGCGCGCCGCAUCGACGGACGCCGCUCGUGCGAUGCAAGACAUGUGACGAUGAAAUAUGCGCCUCCACGACAUCUCUGUACCAGCACAAGAACAACGUGUGCGGCAAAAAGCCGCCGCGGUCGUCGUCGUUGGCGUCUAAUCUCAAUGUUUCGCCGUCGACAGCUGACACCGUGGCCACAGCAGCAACAACGCCAUUAGAAGUGGACGAUGGUGAGUUAGCUCAUGUCGCUUUGCCCCAAGCGGAGGGCGACAUGCAGUUGCCACGCGUAGCUACCGACGCAACGCCUGUGGUGCGGAAACGGAAGGAAAUCUGGGAAGAUUUUGGGGAAAAGUACAAAGUCGAAGGCCGGAAGACGCUCGUGGUCAACUGCAAGAUGUGCGGGAAAGAUGUCGCGGCAGCCACGACGUCGCUGUACCAGCAUCAAGCAAUCUGCGCCAACAUCGACGUGCCCAAGCAGCAGAAACGACCGAAGAGCGCGACGGACGCCGCGAAACCCACGCAGCUUGCAAUCGCAUUCCUUCCUGUGGAAGAACUGACCAAGAAAUUCCUGAGCAUUCAAGAUACCAUCCAACAGUUGCGGGCACAACUUGAUACCGCGCAUGCCGACGACGCGCCGGCGUUGCAGUCCGCGCUGGACUUGUACCAAUCCAUGCGAGCUAGCGUCUUCGAGAAGCUCAAUGCCGCUGCCCAGCGACAAUUCAUCGUGUAGACGGACGAGUGCUCGUGGUCUAUGCAGUACGACUAGAUAUGUUUGUGUCGCUCUUUACUUCGAUGAUACCACACGCAUC